AUUCUGAAUUAACACUUAAAACAGCAUCUCUAAGUGCACUAUCUUGUGUAACCCUUGAUUCUAAAUCUGGGAUGUCAGCUCCCAUCUCUACAACUACUAAUUAUGCUUUGUACAGAAACACAGCCCUGAGGAGCUCUUCGUCUCUUCAUCCUCUAUCUACACUGAAAGAAAAGCAAAACAACUCUAAUGCAUCAUGCAAUUCUUUACUUAAAACGAGCAACGUGUCACAUGAACACAACGGAUCACUUCAUCACAAUGCAUCACCAAAGAAGCCUUGGCACACGCAGGCAACUGACAUCAUCACUAAUGAACCUGCUCUAUGUGUUUUUCCUAGUCGUAAAAACAUGUCAAAAACAGCUCAGAUUGCAUUGUCCAGCCUGUCAAAUGUGUCCAAACAUCAUAACAAAAGCAGUCAUUUGUCAAGUGUGAUACAAAACCAUCAAACAAACAGUUUAAACAGUGAAUUGUCUACUGACACAAAGCUAUUGAAUGGUGAUCGGGUUAAUGAAAUGGUUUGGAAUGAUACAAAGAAUCAUCCAAGCAUAUCACAGGUGACGAACCCGCAAACUAGGAUUUGCACACUUAAGUCAAACAGCUCUCAGCUGCAGGGUUGUAGUAACACAAAACAACAAAUGGUUGCACGAUAUCAAGGAAGCAUGGUAAAAGAACAUGAGGGACAGUGUGCUACAUACCCACCAGGAAUAACAGCCCAGCAGAUGGAUUCAAAUACAAAACAGUUUGCCUUGGGCAUAUCACCCAUGCAUGCAAGGACUGAGCCUGAAUCCGAAGCAGAUAAACAGACACAUCCAAAUGAUCCAGCAGUCUCUGUCACAGCAAAGGGGAAAUAUGAGCCCAUUCUUGCGAAACAGGCAAUCAUAGGUGCACAUGAUGGCCAGUCUGAGUUCAACACAUCAUCGGUACAAGAACCUCACACAGGCCCAAAGUUGUCUUUAAUUGCAGCAGGACUGUGCUGCAGUGAGGGGGAACUCACUUUUCUUCAAUGCAGUGAGGAUGAGGCAAUCCUCAGCCGGGAUUCAGAAUGCAGCCCUGCUGCCCCCAAGCUGGACCCAGAGGGCGCCGUCCUGACUCAUUCCCACCCGACUGAGGCAGCCAUGUUGCUGCCUGCUUCCCCACAGUGCAGUAAAUCAGCAUCCAUACAGCAGAGGCUGGAUAGUGUGGAAGCCAGUCUGGCAGCCAACAAGGACAGGAUCACUACCUUGUUACACAUCAUCCAUGACCUGGAGGCCAGCCACAGCACUGCCAAUGGAAGGCGAUGCUUCAAGACAGGACAGGAUCUAAAAAAUUGUUCAACUUGCCAAAAGACUGCCUGUAUUGUCUACAGUGUGGAGUACGACUUCAGACAGCAGGAAAGGUGCUUCUUGGAGGUUGUAAAUCAUCAUUCAGCGAGAGGAAAUAAGGCGUACCACGAUCCCCAAAAUGCUUCCCUAAAGUUCAGUUUGCUCAAAAAAGCCAUGAAGAAUGUGAGAAAGUCCAAGAAGAAAAGUAAAAAGCUCUACAAGAUUCUCUUGAAGUGGCUGCCUAGAAAACUCCAGCAUGUUUAGAAUUGUUUACAGUACUAAGAUGUUGCAGUGACGUUUUAGUGAUUUCUCCCUGUAGAAAGAUUUAAACUUUUACCUGGAUUUUGCAAUUCAAGUUUUUUCUAAACUGCAUUUUCUGGGGGAUUCAGCCCAUCAUCCACAAUCCUUAUAUGAGACAAUAACACACAUACUGUAUCUUUCUCUAAUUCUAAAUAGUGAAAAAUUGCAACAGUAAGCCGGCCUAUAAUGCCCUAUAAAAAAUGCACAUGCACUAACUAAUGUAACAGGAUCAAUCAUUAUGUCAUGUAAUAUUUACAGUAUUUUGGUCAUCUUAAGCAUUACUGGAACUUAUUUCCUUGGUGGAUUGAUAUAACAGCGCGCAUUGCAACAAAAUUCAGAAUAACUCUCAUUCCUCUGAUAAAAAAAAACGCUUCCAAGCAAUGUUGCGGUUAUAUAAUGCUGCGUUCCAUUUGUUGAGAGCCAUAUAACACACAACCGUCUACUAUACAGGUGAGAUGCAUGAUUUAUGAUCUAGCAUUAGCAUUUAUUAACUCAAAGGCAACUUUUUUUUAUUUCAUAGUGGGUCGCAACCAAUGUUAUAGCUUGGUUAUAUGUAGGUCAGAGCAUGUAAAUUGAGCGUUGUAAAACGUUAGAUAAAUCUUAAUUACUAGUCAGCCACCUUGUUCUGACGGCUUUACUUUUUAAAACUCACAAAAAAGAAACAAGUUUUUGUCUCACAUAUUGUGGAUUGUGGAUGAUGGGCAACAUUCCAAAAACAUGCAGUUUUCCUUUAAGAGGUUGUUGUUGUUGUUUAAGUUCAUUUCAAACAUGUAUACAGUUACAAUAUGAUACAUCACAUAUUUCCAUUUUCUCAUCACAACAUGUCCGAAAAGGAGCAGAAAUAGGAGAAGGUCAGUUGGAUACUUAUGUUUACUCAAAUGGUAAAAAAAUAGCAUUUUUAGCACAUAGAGUACUAUAUUUAUGGAGUGGCCGUAAGAAACAGAAAAAAUCAAAACCAGUUCGUCCUAAUAAUAACAGUAAUUCCCAUUAAAUUAUUCCUUUGGACCCCCACCAAUAAAUUUGAAGCUACCUAUGUCCUCGCUCAUGAACACAUUAUAAUGGCACUGUCUGUGAAUACAGAUCGUCGUUACGACAACGUACAGUAGAUGGCAUUAAUACCUCAUACGCACCUGAGGCCUCAUCCAUUAAGAGUUGCAUGGAUUUCCUACUAAUAAUAGGCAUACAUUCAAAUCCAGAAAAAAAAACAUUUUCAAAUCACAUGUUUUAAAGUGUGCACAUGCACAAAUCCAAGCACAUUUCUUUGUUACAUCGCAAUCAACGUGGAAUUGAUCCCAGAUAUCUGCUUGGUUGGGCACACCCAGACCACGCCUCCUUAUAAAUAUGCAAAUUGUAUUGAAAUAAGCCAGGAUUCAGAGGGUCGGAGGUGCUUCCUUGUCCGUGUUUUAAGCAUUUAAAAAGAGGGUUGAGAUUGUGAGAAUGCUGUGCGCUUCAAAAUCUGCACCCAGGCUAUAAUAAAUAAUUAAUGGUCGAGCAUCUGGAAGAAGGUGAAGAAGAAGAUGGGUGUGCAUGGCCAAAACAGACGGACCAAAAGAUAAAGUUGUACUACACCCCGUUUGAAAUGACAGUCGCUGCAAUGAUACGUAAAACUUUAUGAGGUCGGUGACUCUAAAUUACCCCCAAUGUAAAUAUGACAUGUGUAACUUGCAACAAAAUGUGUUCCUACAGUCAGUUUAGUUUCAUGUGAGUUUUAUGUCAUAUCUGGUUUGCAAUCAUUUCAAUUUAAACACGCCAGCACAUCAAAAAGGAUUCAAAAGACUUUGACUCUUGUUUCAUUACUCAAUAUAUUAUUACAACACAGGAGAGCUUCUUACUGUAGCAGCCGUACGUGACACAAAGGCGGGUAAUUCCUCCAUGCUGUAACCACCGGCCGCUACUGUCCGCUCGACUGGCCAAGCACAUGUGCUGGAGUCACAGAAACACAUCGUGACAGCAAUAGGUGGCAAAAGUAUUGUCUCGAUAAAUAAUAUACAUCCUCACAAAUAACAUGAUGCAUUAAAUGCAUUGGCCAAAAAUGAAUUUUGUGUCCUUGCCUCAAUCUUUUUACAUUCUCAAAAUCAUGUUAUAUGUUGGCAAAGCCCGAACGACCACCUGUGUGUCACCAAAGUAUCCACGUUCUGUAGAAAUGUGCCUCCGUAAAGCACGAAGUUGGCGUGAGGCACCGUACAUUUUCACGCUCAUUUCACUCUUGAUACAUCCAAACUUUGUCGUGGAAAAGGGCGUACCGCAGGUUUUGCUGCGUACGCAAGCUUAAUACAUGUGGCCCCUGGUCUGCUCAUUGUCAUUACAGUUGGGGAAUAACCAGAUGUGUCUUUUUUUGUUUUUACAAAUUUAGCUACUUAUCCUAAUCUUAUUGGAAACUAUUGGAGAUUCUAACAUAAGAGUUUGGCUCACUCUUCCCAAAAAAACAGCAGGUGCAGCUGUCGUAGCCUCACAUAUCCAAAAGCACUCACAGGCUUGCCACUUUUAAAAAAACAAAACAGAAAAAAGUUAAUUUGUAUUUCUAAACAUCCUUGUUGCAUUCUUUGUUUUUGUUUUUGCUCACCUCCACAAAUAGAUUGCACUUCUGUGGGAAACACUGAUUUUAGUGCAUAACUUUGCACCACAGUGGAAAAUCCAAAUCUAAUUUAGUCGUCACUAACUCAUUAAAAUAAGAAAAGUACAUGCAACAAAUGGUAAAAAUGACUAGUAGCUGCAUGAACAGCAACACUUUCCACAAACGUGGGCGACAUGCCUUUCCAAAAAUAUUAUACAGUACAGUAAAGCCUUCUUUAUCGUUGUUAAUUGGUUCUUGGCCUGCAUGGUGUUAGAUGAUUUUCCGCAAAGUACGAAUCAUUUAUUGUAAAUCCAAUAUGUUUUAUAGGUAGAGCAUAAAAAAACCUGUAAACAAACUCCCUAAUGUUUACCAACAUUAUGAGAGCCACCUUUUAAUGACCUUUACACUCUUAAUCCAAUAUAAUGCUGCCUGAGGCUGAGCAAAUCAGUGUCUACUGAUGGCAGCCUGCUCUGAUUGGUUUUGGUUUGUGGCCAAUAAAUGCUAAUCAAGCUUCUUCAAUGCUUCAAAAUGCUUACUCUAAGCUAAAAAUACAAUACAUAAAAUAUGCUUGAAAAAAAAAGAAGAAAGAAUCAGCAAUAGAGUGAACCCGCAAACUUUGAAUUACAUGUGGUGAGGAACAAAUGGAUCAUUAUCAUUAUGGAUAAUUAUAAUUACAAAAAAAUAGCUUACAUG